UCUUAAAUCCAGCUUGUUCCUUUCUCCUGUUUUUCAGUUCUUCCUGUCUGGAUCCUCAAGAUAUGACGUGUCAUCAUGGGUUUCAUGGAGUUCUACCUGGAGAUUGACCCCGUCACCCUGAACCUGAUCAUCCUGGUCACCAGCUAUGUCAUCCUUCUCCUGGUCUUCCUCAUCUCCUGCAUCCUGUAUGACUGUCGGGGCAAAGACCCCACCAAGGAGGACGUCCCCGAGGCCUCGGCGCCGCCUAGCCAGUCACCCAUACGCCUGGUGGUCAUGCAGAACUCGCCCGCUUCAUCCCGCUAUGAGCCCAACAGCACGGCAGCGAGCCACGGCGGCGAGCUGCCGACACCAGACCUGAGCCGAGAGCGUGAGAAGAGGAGUACGUUAGUCUGAGUGAAGAGGAAGACAAAGAGGACCGAACUGCUGCGACACUUUCACUUUUUCAUCUUGGACUCUGGUUUUGAAAUCUCCUGGGU